UCCCUCUCUAAGGUUGAAAUUUGGGAUGUGGCAGCUCCCGGCCAGACCCGCAGCGUUCCCAGGAGCCUGACCCGGCCCCGCUCGAGGGGAGGGUGUCCCAUGGAGCAGGGAGGGACCCCCGCGGCCUCUCCCGGCGGCGAAGGGACCCCCCAGACCCCGGAGGAGGAAACAAUUCCCGGCGCGGGCCGGGAGAGCCCGGCACCGACCCCUGAUGAUUCCAGGGAUGCGGAGCCGGGAGGUGCCCCCCCCGGAGCCCCCCGCCAGGAGGAGCCUCGGGGGGACCCGGAGGGAGGGGGGUCCGAGCCCCCCCGGGCCCCGGAGCCGCGCGGGGCAGAGUUUUACUGCGUCAAAUGGAUCCGCUGGAAGGGGGAGCGAACGCCCGUCAUCACCCAGAGCCAGAACGGGCCCUGCCCGCUCCUGGCCAUCAUCAACGUCCUCCUGCUCCGCUGGAAGGUGAAGCUGCCCCCGCAGAAGGAGGUGAUCACGGCCGAGGAGUUGAUGGCACAUCUGGGGGAUUGCAUCCUGGCCACCCAACCCCGGGAGACAUCGGAGGGGCUCCAGCUCAACUUCCAGCAGAACAUCAGUGACACCAUGACAGUCCUCCCGAAGCUCUCCACGGGGCUGGACGUCAACGUGAGGUUCACGGGGGUCUCGGAUUUCGAGUACACCCCCGAGUGCAUCGUCUUCGACCUCCUCAACAUCCCCCUCUACCACGGCUGGCUGGUGGACCCCCAGAGCCCGGAGAUGGUCCAGGCCGUGGGCAAGCUCAGCUACAACCAACUGGUGGAGAAAAUCAUCACCUGCAAACAGGCCACCGACUCCAGCCUGGUGAGCGAAGGGCUGGUGGCCGAGCAGUUCCUGGAGGCCACGGCGUCGCAGCUGAGCUACCACGGGCUGUGCGAGCUCACGGCCGCGGCCCCCGAGGGCGAGCUGGGCGUCUUCUUCCGCAACAACCACUUCAGCACCAUGACCAAGCACAAGGGCCACCUCUACCUGCUGGUGACGGACCAGGGCUUCCUGCGGGAGGAGGGGGUGGUCUGGGAGAGCCUGCACACGGUGGACGGGGACAGCUGCUUCUGUGACACCGACUUCCACCUCAGCCACGCCCCGGGCAAGGGGGGGGACCCCGCGGCCCCCCCGGACCACCAGCUGCAGCAGAGACAAGUGGACCAGGAUUACAUGGUGGCCCUGUCCCUGCAGCAGCAGCAGGGGCAGGACCCCCCCUCGGUGCUCAGUGACCUGGAGCUGGCGCGGCAGCUGCAGCACGAGGAGUAUCAGCAGCACCAUCCUCAUCCUCCUCCUCCUCCUCAGCAGCAGCAGCUCCCAGGGCAGGCGGGGUCACGUCCGGCCGGAGAGCGGAGGCAGCGGCAGAGGCCAGAUUUGGACUGUACCCUCCUGUAGCCCCCCCCGGGGGGUCCCCACACCCAGAGCCCCCCGACUCCCACUCUGUGUCCUCCAGGGGGAUCCCACGGGGGUCCCUGGGGGGCUGCAGAGGAGACACAGACACAGGAGGGGUGACGGUCUGAGCCCAGCGCUGGGACCACCCCGAUCCUUCCAGUGGCCUUAUGAACACAGGGGGUCCCUCUCAGGGGGUCCCAUCAGGGGGGUCCCUCUCAGGGGGGUCCCAUCAGGGGAUCCCAUACCUCAGUCCAUGCUCCUGGACACGUUUCUAGGGGGGGAAACCUGUACCCCCCCUUUCCAAACGUUGCCUUAGCCCUUGGCAAGUAAAGGACUUGUCCCCCCGCA